AUGACGUCAAAAAAUACGUAGAAAAUGCAAAUUGUUCGUUUUUGUAACGAGAUUUAAAACUAUAUAUACUGACUUGAUGGAGCGUGAAAUUAUCAGUUGUUUGAAGUGAAACGGAGCCUACACAUCUAAGAAUUUCAACAUGAGGACUUUCAUUGUAUUCGCCCUUUUCGCCGUUGUCGCUGUAUCAGCUCGUCCCGACGUUACCUACACUGACAAGUACGACAGCGUGAACCUCGAUGAAAUCCUCAACAAUGAGAGACUUCUGAUUCCAUACAUCAAGUGCAUCCUGGAGCAGGGCAAGUGCUCACCUGAUGGAAAGGAAUUGAAAGCUCAUAUCAGGGAGGCCUUAGUUAGUAACUGCGCUAAGUGUACCGACACACAGAAGUCUGGAACCAGGCGUGUGAUUGGACAUCUGAUCAACAAGCAAGCCGCCUACUGGGAACAGCUGAAGGCCAAAUACGACCCCGACCACAAGUUUGUACUCAAGUACGAAAAGGAAUUACGCACAGUGGCUGCUCAAAGUAAAAUGAAGACCACGUGUGUUUGCCUCUUCGCGAUUAUCGCUUUGGCAGUAGCCGAAAAGUACACCGAUCGAUAUGACAAUAUCAAUUUGGAUGAGAUCUUGGCCAACAGGCGGCUUCUAGUGCCAUACAUGAAGUGUGUAUUAGACGAAGGGAAGUGCUCAGCUGACGGAAAGGAGCUGAAAGUGCACCUGACUGAGGCGUUACACAACGACUGCCAGAAAUGUACGGAAAAUCAAAAGAAAGGUUCGGGACGGGUGUUAUCACACCUUAUCAACAAAGAAGCGGAGUUUUGGCAGAAGCUUAAAGCCAAAUAUGACCCAGAGAACAAUUACGCGCCUAAAUACGAGAAAGAUUACAAGCAGUAAUGUAUUUUGGUAAUG